AUGGAUAAGACAGCUAGAAAUAUGAAAUUUACAACGUUCAAUUGCAAAAGUAUCACUAGGUCAGCCGACUGCGUGCGAGAUCUGUGCGAUGAUUGCGAUAUUAUAGCUUUACAAGAGACUUGGCUUCUUCCUCACGACGUAGAGUACUUAGGGAGCUUGCAUAGUGACUUUUCAUAUACUGGCAAGUCCGCCGUAGACACUACUGCUGGAUGUCUAAUCGGAAGACCUUAUGGUGGAGUGGCACUAUUGUGGCGAAAGUCAAUAUUUCAAAUGGUUACCGUAGUGUCGUGUAAUAGUGAUCGUUUGGUGGCAAUAAAAAUUGAUCACGUAGACUGUUCCUUUUUAAUUUUUUCGGUGUACAUGCCUACGGACUGUGCCGAUAAUUUAAUAGAAUUUAAUAACUGUCUCAGUGAAAUAGUUGCUAUAAGUGAUUCUACUGGCAUCGAAUCUAUAUUUAUACUUGGAGAUUUUAAUGCGCAUCCUGGUGAGCGUUUUGCACGUGAGUUAUUAUCUGUGUGUUCGGAGCAGGUGUGGUCAUGUGUGGACAUUGAAUUGUUGCCGCGGGAUACGUAUACGUUCAGCAGCACUGCGAAUGGAUCACUUCGCUGGUUAGACCACUGUGUGGUGAGUAGUGCUGCGAGACAGUUAAUAGUUAACGCCUCAGUUAAUUAUGAUGUAUAUAGUACGUCUGACCAUAUUCCAGUGUCCAUAGAAUGUAAUUUAAACUUAAUUACACCCAGAGUGGCAUUUAAAAAUAUAUGUUGCAAUAAAGUAAUUUGGGGUGAGAGAAAUAACAAUAAAAUUAUUGAAUAUACGAAACAUUGUAAAUCAAAAUUAAAUUGUAUUGAAUUUCCUGUAGAGUUGAAUAUUUGUGCUAAUAGUUUGUGUUCUGAUCCUCACCACUUUACACUGUUGAAUCAGAUGUACAGCACCUUAAUUAGUGUACUGAAGGAUGCUGCACAAAUUACAUAUGAAGGUAGGGAAAAUGUGCAAAAUAAAAGAAAGUAUGUACCGGGUUGGAACAAAUAUGUUCGUGGCGCUCACAUGGAGGCUCGAUUAUGGUAUCAAACUUGGCUUUUACAUAAUAAACCUAGGACUGGUUAUAUUUAUGAUAAUAUGUACAAUAAACAACAAAUUAAAAUGGAUAUGUUAGCUAAAAGUCACUCGGGUAAAGAUUUUAAGUCAUUUUGGAAGCUAACAAAGAAACUUAAUCCGGGGUCGGGCCGCCCUGUGAGCGUAGCAGGUGUACAUGACCCUGUUGAUAUAGCCAACUUGUUUAAACAACAUUUUAAAGUAGAUUCACCACUAAGGCAAUCUGUCCGGGUGCCCAGUGUUGAGUCCGUUUCGGGUGAUAUCACCGUCAGAUUUACCGAAAAAGACGUUGCCACGGUUAUAUCAUCUAUGAAGAGAGGUAAGUCACCCGGCCAUGACGGUCUCAGCAUUGAGCAUUUGCAACACGCAGGUGUGCACCUGCCUCGAAUUUUAGCUAUGUUUUUUAACCUUUGUAUAAGUCACUGCUAUUUACCUAAAGACCUUAUGUAUACUGUGGUAGUACCAAUUGUUAAAAAUAAGACUGGGGAUGCAUCUGAUAUUAAUAACUAUCGGCCAAUAUCUCUGGCGACAAUCAUGGCCAAGAUACUGGACAGUUUGCUUGACAAACAAUUACUUAAAAAUAUUAAUCUUAAUGAUAAUCAGUUCGGCUUUAGACCCGGUCUAUCCACAGAGAGUGCAAUUUUAUGUCUUAAGCAGACUGUCCAGUACUACACUAGCAGAUGUACCCCCGUGAUUGCCUGUUUUUUAGACCUGUCUAGGGCGUUCGACUUGGUUGAUUACGGGGUUUUGUGGCAGAAACUUCAUCGUGAAACCACAUUACCACGUGAAAUAAUCAAUAUCUUUGGUUAUUGGUACAAUAACCAACUCAACAGUGUAAAGUGGGGGGAAUCAUUUUCAAAUGUUUACCGGUUGGAAUGCGGAGUGAGGCAGGGGGGCCUGAGCUCGCCUCGUCUUUUCAACCUAUACAUGAAUCAUCUGAUCGAUGAGCUCAGUAACAGUAGCAUAGGGUGUCAUGUGGACGGAGUGAGCAUCAAUAACAUUAGUUAUGCAGAUGAUAUGGUGUUGCUGAGCCCAUCGGUCAGUGCAUUAAGACGAUUACUGUCUAUAUGUGAAGUAUAUGCUGAGGCUCAUGGACUCAAGUACAAUGCCAAGAAAAGCGAAAUCAUGGUUUUUAAGGCGGGUGCAAAAGGUUAUAAAACCAUACCUGAGGUAUCGCUCUGCGGAUCACCGCUACUUAGGGUGACCAGCUUUAAGUACUUGGGUCAUUGGGUAACCGAAAACUUAGGCGAUAAUAAGGAUAUAGACAGGGAGCGAAGGUCACUGUCAGUUCGCUGCAACAUGCUGGCUCGCAGAUUUGCACGUUGUACAGAAGAUGUCAAAAUAACUCUUUUUAAAGCCUUCUGCCAAUCGUUUUAUACGUGCAGUCUGUGGACCAGCUAUAGCUUGCGUGCUUACAGUGACCUCCGCGUACAAUACAAUAAUGCGUUCAGGAUGCUGCUGGGGCUGCCGUGGCGCUGUAGUGCCUCACUGAUGUUCGCGGAAAGGCGCGUCGAUGACUUCAAAGCUAUCAUGCGCAAGAGGUGCGCGUCAUUACUUAAGCGUUUCCGCGGCAGCCACAAUAGUAUUCUGAGAGUAUUUGUAGAUAGAUGGGAGAGUCCAAUGCUGCGACAUUGGAUAAAACUCCAUGUGAUUUGA